AUGGGAUCUGAAGGUCCUUCUGCGGCUGUAACAACAGUUUAUAUAACAGGUUUCAAGAAAUUCCAUGGAGUUUCACAUAAUCCAACGGAGACGGUUGUGAAUAAUUUGGUGGAAUAUGUGAAAACGAAGGGUUUGCCGAAAGGUUUAGUUAUUGGGAGCUGCAGCAUUCUUGAUACUGCUGGACAAGGAGGCCUCAUUCCACUGUACCAGACAUUGCAAACUGCCAUUGCUGCUAAGGACUCUGAAUCUUCGAGUUCCAAUAAAAUUAUCUGGCUGCAUUUUGGGGUUAACAGCGGUGCAACAAGGUUCGCUAUAGAGCGUCAAGCUGUUAACGAGGCUACAUUUCGUUGCCCUGAUGAGCUAGGAUGGAAGCCACAGAAAGUUCCAAUUGUUCCUUCAGAUGGCACAGUUUCACAUAUACGGGAGUCUACCCUUCCUGUGGAGGAGAUCACCAAAGCCUUGGCAAAUAAAGGUUAUGAUGUAAUGACAUCUGAUGAUGCAGGAAGGUUUGUGUGCAAUUAUGUUUACUAUCAUUCCCUUCGUUUCGCGGAGCAGAACGGUAUCAAAUCCCUUUUCGUGCACACGCCGCUUUUCUUUACGAUAAAUGAAGAAACCCAAAUGCAAUUUGCUGCUUCCUUAUUAGAGGUACUUGCUACAAUAUGUUAG